UCUCGUCAGCUGACGACUGAAAACAGAAUAGUGAAUUUAUUGUUUCUGUUUUAAUUUAACAGUUUACUCAUCACCUUCAUUUAAUAAACUUUUGUAUAUUUACGUAUAUACAAACAACAUAUAAAAGCACACACACAUACAUUUUACGGAGAUAAAAUGUCUCAUUAAGUGUUUUUUAAUAAAAAAAAAUGCUUUGUAGUAUUGAUAAAUAAUUGACUGACUUAACUUUAAAUAAUUACUCUUUGUUACUUGUACAUUUUUAAAAUAAAAUAUUUAUAAUGGCUAUGAAAAUAUUGCUGCGGCUGGAAAUUAAAAAAUUAUCUGGAGCUCAACAUUUUAGUACAAAGCCGAAGCCGAAGUUCGGUUUGAUAUUCGACAUAGACGGUGUCAUAGUCCGUGGUAAAAGUGUGCUGCCACCAGUACCAGAGGCUUUCAAGCGCUUGAAAGAUAGCAAUGGAAAAUUCCGAAUCCCUACGAUAUUUGUUACAAACAGCGGGAACGCAUUGCGGUCUGAAAAAGCUGCGGAUCUGUCGAAAUGGAUCGGCUACGAAAUAACCGAAGACCAAGUGGUGCUAGCUCACUCACCUCUUACUUUAUUUAAGCAGUUUCACGAUAAACGAGUUCUCAUUUCCGGACAGGGUUCUAUAAAAGAAAUUGCCAAGGAGUUAGGAUUCCAUAAAACAGUUACAAUUGACGAGUUAGUUAAGAAUUUUCCGAGUUUAGAUUACGUUAAUAAGGACCGUAGAAAUCCUACGUGCGGGCCAGUAGAUCGUAACUUUAAGCCGAUCGAAGGAAUUGUUUUGCUGAGCGAGCCCACAACUUGGGAAACUCCCUUGCAAUUGAUGGUCGAUUUAUUGAUGACUCAAGGAAUGCCCUCUGCACUGCCAUCGGUAAUUCCUCAUCCUCAUAUUCCCGUACUCGCUUGCAAUAUGGACUUACUUUGGGUCUCAGAGGCUCCGAUUCCUCGUUAUGGACAUGGAGCUUUUUUGGUUUGUCUUGAGUCUUUGUAUAAAAAAGUUACUGGCAAAGAUUUAAUUUACACCGCACUUAUUGGCAAACCUAGCGAAAUUACUUAUUAUCACGCUAAUCAUAUGAUUAUGAAUCAUGCUAAAAAAAUAGGAAUCAAUCAUAAUAUUGACACUAUUUAUGCUGUUGGUGACAAUAUAAAUACUGACGUAUUUGGUGCUAAUUUGUAUGACAAAUACUUGGCAAGAUAUUCAAAAGGAAAAGCAACAAAGUCGCGUGGCCUAGAAUCGUUGCUUGGAACAAAUUUAGUGUCACCAAAUGUAAAAGCAUGCAUCAGUAUUCUAGUUGAGACUGGAGUCCAUAGAAGGGAUUCUGAAUUCAUCGCUGAGCAUUGUCCGCGGGACUUUUUGCCACUUGAGAGUGGACUAGCUCGUCCAGCUUUCGUUGUCAAAGACGUCGGCGAGGCCAUCGAUCUCGUGUUGAAAGAAGAAAAAAUGGAUCAAGAUUAAUUUUAAAAACAGCAAUUUGUAUAAUAUUUUAACAAAGAAUUUUUUAGAAUCAAAUGUUUACAAUGAUAUUCUAUUUUUUUUUUAAUAGUCUUUUUUAAUCGAAUUCGAGUGUUCAAAAAGUACAAACUUUUGUACACUGUUAUCAGACAUCGAAUCGACAGGUGCAAAUAUACAUGUUAACUAGGGAUUAUUGAAAUUUAUGAAAAUUGUAAAUACAAUUGUUUGUAAACAAUAAUUAAUGAAUGUUUAGUAAAAAUAAUCGUUGAUUAUAAUUGAGUAGUCAUUUAUAAGAAAAUAAUCAACGUCCAAUUAGUCACAUAAAGUAGAAUUGUGUGUAAGCAAUUAAAAAAAAAAAUAUCGAAGUAACUACGCUUUAGUAGUAUGUCUUUCAAUUAGAUUUUUUUUUUUUCGCAAUUAAAAUGCGAGUUUAUUUAAAUUA